UGCAAGCCACAUUUACUUGGGCUGCUGCCCUACUGUUAUACCUAGUACCUAGUAGUACUACCAAGUUGUCAAGGUACCACAUUUCCCCCUGGUCGUUCUCUUUGUGGAUAAUCCCGAACCUCCCUGGUCCUAUAAGCUGCGCGCUGUGCGGGCUGUACUGUAAAGGCAUGGACUCUUUUGGGCUCUUUGGGUUGGUCAACCAGCACACACACUGCACACGCACGGCUUUUCCACACGCAUUAUGCAUACCACCAGCCAGUGCCAGCACUCUGUUCCGUCGUAUCGUGUGCAGACCUGCAGACUUGUCUGCUGAAUAUGCAUAUUUCUAUGGAGUUGUAUGGGGCACGCAUACAGAGGCUAAUACAGACAUUCGAACGUGUCGUGUAUACUGCAGCAACCAGUACGGCAUAGAAUGCCACUUUUGCCAUCACUAAUACUACACAAACUGCAUCUGCUAUUUGCACGGGCGACAUAAAUCGUCUCUUUUUUUUUCCCUUCCCACCAUUCCCAGAGUCACUCCCGCUAACGCAAUGCUUGGCCGGAAUUUCUGAUACGAAAAGCGUUCAAGUAUAAUCCCAUCUAUACCAAAACAAGAUAUCGCCCUUUUUUUCUUUUUCCUCCCAUUUUAACGAAACCCCCCUCCCUUACCAUUUCCCCCUCCCCUUGUCGCCGCCCGUAGAUAGACCCACUGUCAUCUGAGCGGGCAUCAAUCCGACAAGCCGCAUUAGAUAGCUCUUUGCACUUGCUACCACCACUUUUCGUUCUUCAUACAAUAACCCAAAGGAUUCCGCUCUUCCUCUCUCUUUUUUUUUUUUUUUUUUUUUUUUGAUUGCUCAUCUUCUUUCUCCCACUCGCUUUACUCUCCCGCUCUCUUCCUCCCUGCCUCAAGCGAUCCACGAGCCUUCAACUAUCCGAGUACCUGGCUCGCUUGAAGCUCUGGUUCUUCUUCUAAGAAACUCAUUUACUUGAUCAUUUUCUCGAACUCAGUUGUUUACGCCGCUACAGCGUUGUUUGCGUGUCCUCUCGCUGUCGACUACUUGGCAUUAAUUCCGCUGUCCGAAUAAAAAGAAAUCGCACAAAAUACCGGCCCCAUCGCUCUCUGCCUUGAGAUCUUGAAAUCCAUUCGGGUCUCCGCUGUCUCCGCCUCCAUUACCAGGCCCCAUCGCGCUCCAGAAGCAUCCUAUAAGCUACCAUAAACGACAGCUGCCAUGCCACCACCUCCGGAGAACGAACCCCACAAGCGGAAGCGCAAUCUGGAGGAUGACGGCGGCCAGCCCACCCACCUCCAUCAGGCCACCAUCAACCACCGACCUGAACCUUCUGGCCGUCCCCUAUCAGUGCCUGUCAUGGCUCCAGGCUCCCAGCCAUACAUCAACUUCUUGCCGAGACACCAAUACGCUCAACUUCUGGGUCUCUUGCCAGGUGAUUUGGACACCUUGAACAACAUCAUCUACCUCAUCAGCGAAUACGAAGGCGUAUUGGACCGGAGUGAAAGUCUAGCAGCGAGUCUCGGGGCUAGAUUGACAGGACCCCGUUUCCUCAGAGGCAUUGAAAGAUUCUUCGACGGCCCCAUCAAAGUCAACUCACCCCAUCCCUUGCUGCACUCCAUUACCUGGCUGGACGUGGUCACUUUUGCCAAGGCCAAUCCAGACGCCUUCUCCCCCGUCACCCUGCCCGACGGCGCACGAUGCCGCCAGUUCAUGUACAAUGGGGCUCAGGUCGAGAUUGCAGAGGAUGACUGGCGCUUGAUCUACUCUGGAGCCCUGGACAAGUUCCCGCUGGAGCACAUUUUCCAAGAGGAUGAGGCGGCCGAGCUGGCCACGCUCGAGAUCAUGAUGCAGAGGUCCUCCCUCUUGUACAACAAGGCAGACGAGGUUGCGGCGAGAGCCCGAUUUCUCAGCCGCAGGCUUGAGACGCGCAGAAAGGACGUGGCUCAUCAGCUUCUGCGCCAUGCUGAUGCUUCUGCGGCCAAUGCCGUUACCGUCAGCUCUGGCUUCUGUGCCAUCAACCAUCCACCGCCUUCGGGACCCGGCAGCUGCGGCUCGCCGCCCCACGAUCUCCACGGAGAUCUUCUCCACCAGUUCAUGGUGGCUUCGAUGCAGAAUCAGCCGCCACAAGGUCCCCCUCCGGGAUACUACCAUUACCAGCAGCACCCUGUUUUUGGCUCCGCCUUGCCUGCCAUUGCUACCGGGCUCAGUCCCCUGGCGGCGCCAAUUCUUGAGGCGCCACCGUAUCAUCCGCUGCCGGUCCUUACUUACCCCAAUGCCGCCGGGCCAGCAGCAACAACAUCCUCUCCCUCGCCCUCGCCCUCAUCCUUGGCUUCAAUUCUGGCUCCGCUGCCAGUCCUGGCCCCGUCGCCAACAACAUCGAUCACAGCAUCGUCAACUCCGGCACCAGUUCCAGGAGUCUCAUUCCCAGCAUCGAGCUCGCCCCCAGCAGCUCCAGCUCUGGCCCCAGUCCCGAUUCCAGCUCUGCCUUCGAGAAGAGCGAGAGGGAGGGCAGGAAGGGGACGUGGCAGACGUGGAGCGGUAGGAAAGGAUCUCGGUCCUGAGAAACACCGAGCUCUCGUGUUGAAAAAAACUGACACGGUCCACAAGGGAGAUGUCAUCUUCCCCACCUGUGAUCGAUGCCGACGUCUUCGCCUCCAGUGCGUCAAGCACCUGUCGGCUUGCCGAGGCUGCACUAAGAAGCACGCGAGAUGCAGCUGGAGAAACGUCACGGACGAGGAAGCCGAGAUUGUGAGGCAUCAGCUGGAGAUUAUCGAGCGCGAGACACAGAAGCUGCGAGAAGCAGAAGCUGCUGCCGCUGCCGCUGCCGGCAGGGCCGCUGGCACGCAGGCCGAGGCCAGCAACAACUCUAGCUCUGGUUUUGGAUAUACCAGUACUAGCACUGGCAGCCCUGGUGAGAGCUCCGGUGCUGCGGCAGACUCAACGAGCCCGAUGGACCUGGUAUCCAGACCAGCAUCGGCAUCGGCAUUGGCAUUGGCAGCGGUAGCAGCAGCGGCGUCAUCGGCGCUGGCUUCCUCUUCCUCUUCUCCUGAAGCCCCGGCUACUAUCGAGCCUCCACUGAGACUGGUGCCCACGUCGCGGCUCACCAGAAUUGACUCUGCUCCUCCUUCUGUGCAGAGGAACCCUCCUCGAACAGGGCAUCUCUCGGCGAUCCUGUCGCCUCCAGACUUUGAAGAGUAUGAGCCUCGGGCAUACCACUCCCACUAAGGCAAAGUGGCCGGUAUUGCAUAUGUAGCGGUGCUCAAGGGAUAUGAUUUUCAAUGGUAGAUACUAUGACUAGUACUAUAUAGGUAGCUUUAAUGCGUGGUCUUGUCUGGUAAGGCAUGGGAACUAAAUGGGACACCUUUGCAAAAAGGUACAAGCGGGUUUAUGACGGGAUAUAUAUGUAGGCACAAGGGCAGUUUGUUUAGGAAUACUGGGUAUACGAGAUGGAUGCUUUCACUAAGUACAUGUGUGGUGAUAAUGGCAGGGUCUUUAGGCAACGAGCCAAUAGCAAUUUUCUUUACUUUAAUUGAUUUUUCUCAAUUGACACGACUACAUGUACCAC